GAAAAGUAUGGCACAGCCGACGGGAGAGAGGGAGAAGAAUGCCACUGGGGAAAUAUUACUGCGACUAUUGCGACAAGCACAUACAGGACACGCCUCCAGCUCGUAAACGACAUCUUCAAGGCAUCCAGCACCUCCGGGCUAAAGCUCUCUGGUACGAUUCCCUCAAAUUUCAAGAUCCUAGGCAGGUGUAUUCAGAUGGAUUUGUCAAAGGGGUUUGCACUCGCUUCGUCAAAACGGGUUACUGCCAGUACGGUGAUUCUUGCAAGUAUGUUCAUCCAAGAAUCUUGACCAAUGCCAAUCCUCAAGGGGGAGUACUUGAUAAUAUGCAGCCAGCAGCAUUAACAACGGCGACUAAUCUGGUUGGCGGAGGCUGUCCACCAGGAAAUGCGGUGCAAGGCAGUAUGGGAAUGGCAUGGGACAAUUUACCUCCGUCUUUGAAGCCUCCUCCUGAGGGUGGAUAUCCAGUCCUUCCCUUUUUGGACUGGGGAUAGAUAGAUAGAUAUACAGAUACAUUUGUACAUAGCUUUUGACAACAGAUAAGCCUCUUAAUUCCUUACUGCUAUAUCUGCUUCUGGUUACACUUAUUUUCCUUCCAUAAGCAUUGUAAAUUAAUUCAAUGAUGAAACGUAUUGUGCCUCGGUAAUAAUUAAAAUCAGAGGAUGUAAUCUAACAUUUCUAUUCUUCCGAGCAAAUUAGAUUUCUUUUUUCUCAA